GCUGUGGCACCACGCGUAAGGCAGUCCGAGUUGCUCGCACGGGCGGCUUACGGGGGGCCAUUACGGAGUUACAGGCACUCUAGCUUAGGGCCCAGAGACGCUCUGCCUCUCUGCGCUGUGCUGUGCUGCCAAAUGCUGCAGAACGGAUUGACGGCCAUCAGUCAGCCCCCCCCAGCAGGUCCAGCUCAGGUCCAAAGUCACCGUCACGGACCCCCCAUGUCGAAAUUUCCCAAUCCAUCCUCGCCUUUGCAGACAAUUUCGCUUCAUCUUAAUGCGACCGAUGCCCAGCGGGGAAGCGUCUCGUCCUCCAUCUCGCCAUUCGACGCGCCAAUUCGGCCUCUUGCCACCGCGAUCUCGCCCUCGGAGCCAUCGUCGAAUGCAUUGACGCCGCCAGAGGCUGAGCCGGAGCCUGACCCCGAGCCCGACGCCGCAGAUACG